GCCGGCCGCCGGGCUGGGCACGGCCCCAGAGCCUAGACCUUUCGGGUCUCACCAGCCCGGCGAGGUAGGUAGGUGUCGCCGCCCACGGUACCGAGGAAGACCCGGAGGCCUCCGGACGUGCAGGGGCCCAUCUGCGGCGCUGAGCCUCUGAGGUCUGACGAAGGUCUGCCUCCCUGCUCUGUCACAGCGCCCUGGAAGGACUGCCAGGCCAUCAUGAAGGUCCUUCUACUGAAAGACGCCAAGGAGGAUGACGGUGCCCAGGACCCAUACGUCAGGGAAUUGGGAUUCUGUGGACUGGAAGCCACUCUGAUCCCCGUUUUGUCAUUUGAGUUUCUGUCUCUUCCCAGCCUCUCAGAGAAGCUGUCCCGCCCGGAAGACUACGGGGGACUCAUCUUCACCAGCCCCCGGGCAGUGGAAGCUGCGGAGCUGUGCCUGCAGAGAGAUGGCAAAACCGAAGUCUGGGAAGAGUCUCUGAGGGGAAACUGGAACGCUAAGUCGGUGUACGUGGUUGGGAAUGCCACCGCUGCUCUAGUGAAUAAAAUGGGCCUGGAAACGGAAGGAGAAAACUGCGGCAACGCAGAAAAGCUUGCGGGAUACAUUUGUUCCAGGGAGCCCUCAGCGCUGCCUCUCCUGUUUCCCUGUGGAGCCCUCAAAGGAGAAACCCUGCCGAAAAUGCUCAAGGACAAAGGGAUCCCCAUGGAGAGCCUCACCGUCUAUCAGAAGGCCCCGCACCCGGGAAUCCGAGUGAACCUGAGCAGCUACUACUCUAAGCAGGGCGUGCCAGCCAGCAUCACGUUUUUCAGCCCCUCUGGCCUCACAUACAGUCUCAAGCAUAUUCAAGAGUUAUCUGGUAACAAGAUCGAUCAAAUUAAGUUCGCGGCCAUCGGCCCCACCACUGCCCGCGCCCUGGCCACCCAGGGCCUGCCUGUGAGCUGCACCGCGGAGAGCCCCACACCGCGCGCCCUGGCCGAUGGCCUCCAGAGGGCGCUUCAGCCUCCCCGCUGCUGA